ACGAAAGUUUAGCCAAGUAUAUUUAGUACAAGUAGUCCAGCCCGUCUCCAGCGGGCGGAUCUCCAGCGUUCGGUUGACCAAGUCCCCGCGGGUAGCUCAACAUAGCGUACGCCCUAGAUUGAUCAUCAUCAACCUCCUUGAGCUGAUCUCCAGACUUACCUACUGUAGACUUGCAAGUUAAGCUUAUCCGCCUGAUUGGCGGGCUUGGCCUCCCCAGUCCUCUCACCCCAUCUUCCCGAAAUUAUGCGGUGAGAUCCUAAUUUGCUUGAGCGAGUCCGAGCUAUCGACUGCCUGCAGGAUGCAAGCCAGUACGCCAAUAGAAACGUUGCUGCCGCUGUCACCUGAAGAUUUCAUGCUUUGGGGCCUGUUGAUGAUUGGCAAGUGCCGAAGACAAGUUUGGGUCUUGGAUUCAGCCACAGGGACUUCAUCUCUGUCGACCAGUAAUAGCCACUCGUGCCUGAUUCCCCCCUGAGCAUCGUCGUAUCGUGUCUGGGGGAAAAGGCCUGAAAACGUCUGUGGUUUCUACAUUUUAUCAUAUCUUCUUCUGACAUCUCAAGAAGAGGGAUAUGAUCGCAAGGGUUGUGGGAUUUUCAACUGCUUUUGUCAGAUUCGGAGUAAGGUUACGGUUGAUGUGCAAGGAGGUGGAUGGAUACGAAGGGGUUGUGUUGGCGUGCAUACAUACACCCUGGUGUGGAUCAGCCCUAGCAAAGCUCUGGAACAAGCUCCAAGCCUCAUCUCCACCCCGGACUUUUUCUUCUUUGGGCCUUCACAGUCUAUAAUCCUGCCGUGCCCUACUUUGUUUCCUCGGGACUUUUGUCACUUUAUCAUCAUCUCUCUCUUUAACCACCUUCGUUUUUGGGUCAGAGAAGUGACGACCAGGAAACUCUUUCGUUCGUUUUUCUAAUUCCUUGGCCUGUAUACAAUCGUUUGGAAUCAUGACCUACUCUCUGCAGCUUGCUGUGAAAACAGCACUGCUUGCAUCUUUAGUUUCCAGUUCGCUCGCCGGAACCAUUGAGAAAAGGCAGUCAGCUGUCACAGGAUGGACGUACUAUGGAUGCCAGACCGAGGCAACGAAUGCGAGAGCUUUAGGGUUAAAAGCAACAGCAUAUGAUACAAUGACCCUGCAGUCAUGUGCGACAGAUUGUGCUGGCUACACCUACUUCGGAACGGAAUAUGGUCGAGAAUGUUAUUGUGGAAACUCUUUCGCUGCUGGGUCUGCAGUUGCCCCUCAAGCUGAUUGUAGCUUUCCAUGUGCUGGGAAUUCAGCGCAGAAAUGUGGAGCGGGCAAUCGCUUGUCUGUUUACAAAAAGGGAACAGGAACUACUCCGGGAUCAUCAACGGCCAAUCCAGGCACGACACCAACUGCUCAACCAACUCAGCCGGCAGGCCCUGGGCCUCAAAGAACUGGUCUCCCAUCAGGUUGGGUUUAUUCUGGAUGUAUCCAGGACAAUAUCAAUGCUAGGGAAAAUGCAAACAUCCAAAUUCCUACGUUCCCAUAUAAAGUCUGGGACACUGCAACCAACGACGCACCCUCGUGCAUUGCUCGCUGUCAGCAGUUCGGAUAUAAUGCCGCCGGGUUAGAGUAUUCUUCGCAAUGCUUCUGCGGAGAUAUUGAGAACAUCAACGUCGCAUCUUGGCCCACAACCUCAACUAAUCCCCAAGAUCCUCAAUCCUUCACUCGUGUCGCACCUCCGAUCAAAUACGCCGACUCGGAAUGUAAUGCUCAGUGCAGUGGGAACAAGAAUUAUUGGUGUGGAUCUGGAAACAAGCUGACCUACUACACUUGGACGACAUCUCCCACGAAAUUCUCAUUUCCAGUUGGAAAUGCGGCUGGAAGAUACUCUCUUCUGAUAGGCGGAGUCACCGUACCUCUCAUCACUUCACAGGCAAUCAAUGGAAAGGUAACAUUCGUUGAGAAAUAUGGAACUGGGGCUCCAAACGGCACAGGAGCAUACGAGCUCGACCUCUCCCAGGUUGGCAAUGCUGCCAAUGCGUGGAGAACAAUGAACGGUUUCAAGACCGAUGUUUUCUGCUCGGCGGGUCUCACCCUUCCAGACAAAGCAGGUCGACAGAUUCUGGUCGGUGGCUGGGCUGGUCAGUCAAAUUACGGAAUUCGAUUGUAUUGGCCAGAUGGAUCUGCUGGAGUCAAGGGUACUCGUCAAUGGGUCGAAGAUCCAAAUAAUCUCCAAUUGCUCGUCGCUCGUUGGUAUCCAUCUGCAAUGAUCAUGGCAAACGGCUCGAUUCUUGUUGUUGGUGGUGAGAUUGGACAGAACGCAGAUGCACAGCCCAACUUGGAGAUCCUGCCGAGAACUGGAGGAGGAACCGUCUACCUGGAUUUCCUGCAGCGAACUCACCCAUUCAAUCUCUAUCCAUUUAUUAUGGUUAUCCCAUCUGGCAUUUUCAUCUUGUAUUACAACGAAGCGAGGAUCCUGGAUGAGAAGACCUUUGCGACCAAGAAGAUCCUCCCGAACCUCCCAGGCGCUGUCAAUAAUCCAAAUGGUGGAAGAACAUAUCAGUUGCAGGGUUCAAUGGUUGCAUUGCCUCAAUAUGCGCCGUUUACGGAUCCAAUGGGUGUUCUGGCAUGUGGUGGAUCGACUGAAGGAGGUGGAUAUGCGAUUGACAACUGUGUUUCUGCUUAUCCAGAAGCCGCAAACCCAGUCUGGACAAUCGAGAGAAUGCCUUCAAGACGAGUUAUGCCAAACAUGGCCGGUCUUCCAGAUGGAACCUACGUUAUCGUGGGCGGCGGACAACACGGUGUCGCUGGUUUCGGUCUUGGUGGUGCACCAAAUUACAACGCCGUCAUGUACGACCCAAAGAAGCCUGUCCACCAAAGAAUGAGCGUCAUGGCCAAUACUACCGUGGCUCGCAUGUACCACUCCGAGGCACUGGUCCUCCUCGAUGGUAGAGUUCUAGUCACUGGUUCAGAUCCGACUGGAGAUUUCAACUCACCUCCAACGAACUGGCCAGAGGAGUACAGAGUUGAGGUAUUCUCGCCGCCCUACCUGCUUUCUGGGUUGGCGAGACCGAGAUUUUCUAUUGUCAAUAAGGACUGGAAGUAUGGAACUACAGUCACGUUCACUCUGACAUCUGGAUCAACUGCGAACUUAAAGGUUUCACUCCUCGGCUCCGUUUCCAGCACACACGGGAACAGCAUGGGGCAGAGAACUCUCUUCCCUGCAGUCAGCUGCUCAGGAACUACCUGUACGGUUACCGUUCCUCCUAAUUCACACGUCUGCCCGCCAACGUGGUAUAUGAUGUUCGUUCUUGACGGACCAACUCCCUCGGUUGGUCAGUUCGUCAGAAUCGGUGGUGAUCCAGCAGCUCUUGGUAAUUGGCCCAAACUUCCUGGGUUUGAUCUUCCCGGAGUUUGAGGACAUGGAGGCGGAGGAUUAAUUGUAAUGUCUUGAUGUGUGAACUGUUCUGUUCUCGAAGGUCUAGUGACUCUAGUCAGCUAUAUCCACUUAUUUCUAGCAUUCAACUCAAAGUUUUGAUGCCCAUAUUUGACCGUGAUCAUCGCUGCUUCUCUGCCGUGUCUGAUUUACUUCGUG